AUGAUCUUCAUAGAAAUAGAUCGAAAUGCCCCAUCCUUCAUCAAUGAAACACCAAUUAGGCAUGAUGAUUCUCUGGAAUGCCAAGAGGAUACUUGGCAUGGACAUUACAAGGAUAAGGCUUUUGACAUAUACCUGGCCAAACCUGUAGGUGUUUCCCUUGCUGGUCACUUCAGGUUGAAGACUGUAAAUGGCGAGUUAGCCUCGGAUAAGGCUUUUUUUAUGUGCAAUAUUCCAUACUCAAAUGUUGUAGGAUGCUUAAUGUAUGCCAUGAUAGGUUCUAGGACUGAUAUUGCAUAUGGUGUUAGUGUAGUUAGUAGAUACAUGAGUAAACCAUCUAACAAACAUUGGAAUAUUGUGAAAUGGUUGCUUCGAUACCUUAGUGGCUCUAUUGAUUGUUGCAUUCAUUAUACUGCUGAAAACUCAGUUGAUUUUGACAUUGCUGGUUAUUGUGAUUCUGAUUAUGCUGCUAACCUUGACAAAAGAAGGUCUCUAACUGGUUUUAUUUUUUGUGUGGGAGGAAAUAUGGUGAGCUAG